UACUUCGGUCCGUGUAAUAACGUUUUUCCUUUUCUCAGUUUCACAGAUCUUUUUCUUAGCUUUGUAACUAAAACAGAAGCCACUUUCCUAUAAAUUCGUCACUUUCAAAUUCAGGAAGCCACCACCGGUUUUACUAUUUUCCGGCGAGAAAACGUAAAAAAAAGAUGGCAGACGACACAAGUGGCGGUAAUAGCAACAACACAGACCCAUUACUCCGAUACAUGAUUAGCCCAAGAUCGAAAAAACCGCCGCCGAUUCUGUUUCCCUUACCGGAAGACGACAGAAUCGCUAUCCCGAUGCCGUUGACACCGUCGGAGUUCAAAGACCGUUUAAUCUUCGGACCUUCCUCUCAAUACUUAGAUUCUCAAUCGCCGUCCUCCUCCGCCGCCGCCACCGCCGCCGGAGAUACUUUUUCCGACUCCUCAGCGCUACCUCCUCUCCUCCUCCCACCACCACGACCGGACCCAUUGUUCCACGGCCACGCGCUCCACAGAUCCAAAACCGCGCCGGCGAUGUCCGUGAUCAACGAUCUCCACCUCCCGAUUCCUCACCAGAAAGAUCUCGCGUCGCCGUCGUCGCGCUCCGUCGUGAGACAAGCGUUUGCUCUUCUCGUUGUCUAUCUCUCCUUAGGCGUGCUUAUCUACUCGCUGAACCGUGACCACUACGUAGUCGAUCAAACCCAUCCCGUUGUCGAUGGGCUAUACUUUUGCAUCGUCACGAUGUGCACCAUCGGUUACGGAGACAUCACGCCCAACAGCGACGUCACCAAGCUGUUCUCGAUCAUGUUCGUGCUCGUUGGGUUCGGUUUUAUCGAUAUUCUGCUUAGUGGGAUGGUUUCGUACGUUCUUGAUCUUCAAGAGAGCUACAUGUUGGACUCUGCUAAGCGGAGAGAGGAGCCGGAGAAGAGGAGGUCGUAUAUAAUCGACGUGAAGAAAGGGAGGAUGAGGAUUAGGUUGAAAGUGGGUUUAGCGUUAGGUGUUGUGGUUUUGUGCAUUGCUCUUGGUGUGGGGAUAAUGCAUUUUAUUGAAGACAUUGACUGGUUGGAUUCGUUUUAUCUCUCGGUUAUGUCGGUUACUACUGUUGGUUACGGAGACAGGGCUUUUAAGACGUUGCCCGGUAGGCUUUUCGCUGCGGUGUGGCUGCUUGUGUCUACUUUAGCCGUGGCUCGAGCUUUUUUGUAUUUGGCUGAGGCGAGAGUUGAUAAGAGGAAUAGAGAGAGGGCUAAGAAAGUACUUUGUGAGGCAAUGUCUGUCUCUCAGUUCUUCGCUGCAGAUAUCGAUAACAAUGGCUGUGUGAGUAGAGCGGAGUAUGUGAUUUACAAACUGAAGGAGAUGGGGAAAAUAACAGAUAAGGACAUAACUCUGAUCUCUAAACAGUUUGACAAGCUCGACCGAUGCAGCAAUGGAAAGAUUACUCUUGGAGAUCUCUUGGAUAGUAGCUGUGGAGAUUGAUUCCUCUGCAACUUUUUUGUUUGUUUUGUUUUAGCUUUAGUUUACACUUUACAGUAGUGAUCAAUGCUAAUAUGUAAUAUGAUAAUUGAUGAGUCAUCCAGUCUCUGGUUUACUUAAA